AUGCCAGAAACAACCUCCCCGGGUAAAAGCAAAAUCUUCAAUCAAUCCACGGCGCACAAGAAGCUCAGUGUGGAGGGGGGGGGGACCAGUAAGGACUUCAGGAAGGGGCAGAAGCAGGGGGACCUGGAGAUCUGGGACCCUGUGGACCAGCGCUGGAACAGGCACUACUGUGUGAUCUCUGAUGACAAGCUGUACUACGCAGAGGAGACCGAGGAGGAGGACGAAGACCCCAGGAAGUACCAGGACCUGCACACCUCAGAACCGUGGUUCCAUGGUCGCAUGAAGGAGGGCCGGCAGAUGGGCGAGCGGCUGAUCCUGGACUACUGCACGGAGAACGGAGGAACAGACGGAACCUUCCUUGUGCGACAGAGCGAUACCUACGUCACAGACUUCACCCUCUCCUUCUGGCGCAUGUGUGGGCGGCGUCCAGCCACUGCUCGUAUCGCUCGGUUCAGAAGGGGCCCCGCGCUCCAGCGUACUUCUUCCUGA